AUGGUCCAGCUGUCAAAGAUUCUUGCCGUUGCGGCGGCUUGUUUGGCUACCCCUGCUGUUGCUCACCCCGGCGAGAAGCACGACCCGCAUGUCGUCAAGCGGGAGGUUCACGCUCGUGAUGCCAUGGCUGCGGCAGCCAAGCGCUCGCUUGGUGGUUGCGAGAGCUCUCUUCAUGCGCGAGAGUUGAACAAGCGCAGUGUUGCUCGUCGUGCACGUACGGUCAAUCAGCUUCGUCAGAAGCGUGGUAUCACUGCUAACCCCCAGAAAUGGCGCCGUAACCUGGCCCAACUCGAGAAGUGGGAGGCAAUUGACCACAACAAGACCGACAUUCUCAACUACAGCCCGGCCACCCCGGAGUCGAUCAUCUUCUCGGCUAACACCAGCUGUAUCCUGACUCCUACCAUCACGGAUGGUCCCUACUAUGUCUGGGGUGAAGUGAUGCGCCAAAAUGUCAAGGAGGAGAAGUACUCGGACGGAGUGGAUAUUUUCCUGGAAGUGCAAUACAUUGACAUCAACACUUGCCGGCCUGUCCCGGGAGCUCUUGUUGAUAUCUGGCAAGCCAAUGCCACUGGCGUGUACAGUGGUAUUUCUACGUCUGGUAACUACGCCGCCGACGGAUGGGACUCGACUUACCUGCGUGGCAUUCAGCAAACCGACCGUGACGGCGUGGUUGAAUUCGAGACCAUCUUCCCCGGUCACUACGAUGGACGCGCGACUCACACUCACCUGUUGACCCAUUUGAACGCUACUCUCCUUCCCAACAAGACUCUCGAGGUGGGCACCGGCAGUGUGGCCCACAUCGGCCAGCUCUUCUGGAACGAGGUCCUGCGCAGCGCCGUGGAGGAUACCUACCCAUACAACACGAACACUCAGAGCAUCACUACAAAUGAGGAUGACAUGUGGAGCGUGCUGCAAGCCAACAGUGCUUACGACCCCUUCCCGGAGUACAUCUACCUUGGAGACGAUCUCGACGACGGUCUCUUCGCUUGGAUUCAGAUUGGCCUCAAUGCUACCUUGGAUUACACCGACAACUCGUACUACAGCAUUGCUGCCUACCUGGAAGCUGAUGGUGGCCACAAGAACAGCGACAGCGUCGUGGGCGGAGGAAGUGCUCCUAGCGGUACCAACGGCACCAUGCCCUCCGGGAUGGGCAGCCCCAGUGCCUCUGCCUCUGCCUCUGCCUCCGCAUGA